CCACUUUAUCCAAAAUUUCUGUAUCAAAUCCCCGCCAUGGGUUCUAUCUUCACUUGCUCAUGGCCAUUCUUCCUCUCUCCCUCUCUCUUCACCCACCACCAAAACCUCACCCAAAACCCCAAACCCACUUCUUCCUCCACUCUCAUACCGACCACAUCCACCACUGUCUUUACCAGUCCCAGAACUCCCAACAAAACUACCUGUAAAAGGGACUUCAUUCUCAAAACCACUUCAUUUUGUAUAACUCUUUCCUUAGCCCUUCAAAACCCAUUAGGUGUAUCCUUGGCCGAACCUUCUUCGCCUUCAAAACUUGGUCUUUCUGGCAUUGCCAACACAAAAUCGUGGUUCCAGUUUUAUGGCGACGGGUUUGCCAUCCGGGUCCCUCCUCAAUUUGAAGAUAUCAUGGAGCCCGAGGAUUUCUCUGCUGGCUUGUCUCUAUAUGGAGACAAGGCAAAGCCCAAGACCUUCGCGGCACGAUUUGCAUCUCCUGAUGGGUCUGAAGUAUUAAGUGUUGUCGUCCGCCCAACCAAUCAGCUCAAGAUCACCUUCUUAGAGGCCAAAGAUAUUACUGAUUUAGGUUCCUUGAAAGAAGCAGCAAGAAUUUUUGUUCCAGGUGGAGCUACUUUAUACUCUGCUCGGACACUAAAGAUAAAGGAGGAGGAAGGUCUCAGGACCUAUUACUUCUAUGAAUUUGGUAGAGAUGAACAGCAUGUAGCACUAGUAGCUGCAGUCAGUAGCGGAAAGGCAAUCAUUGCUGGAGCAACUGCACCAAUGUCCAGGUGGGAUGAUGAUGGUGUCAAGCUUCGUUCUGCUGCUAUUUCGCUGACAGUUCUAUAGUCUUCCGCCAAUAGCUCAUUUGGCAGAUUUUCGGAUCUUAGAUACCUAUUUACUUAGUUUAGACAAGAGAAAGCUACAAUGAACUUUCUCUCAGUGCAGUUGCUCGAGCAUUGUCAUGCAUCGAUGAAUAUCAGAAGCAGAAACAAACUGGACACUGAGAUUCUUUUUCAUAUUGCUCUACUUCUAGGGGACAACCCUUGUGCCCUUGGAAAAGGUGGGGCCAUGCUAUUACAAUGUCAAACUUGGAAUAACUAUUAACGAGAAUUCUUUUGCAAAUUUAACCUGCGGAUGAUCCAGUCAUGCAACUUCUGGUUCGUCGCCGACUGCUUUCUUUUCUUCUAAUGGCUUUUGAAGCAGCGACUUGAAGCUUAUAGAGUUUGAAUGUAAUAUUGAUUUGAGGGACUAUUAUCUUUCAUUUUUUUAUUUUAAGAUGGCAUUUAUUGCUCAAACAAUUUUGAAAUUGAAGUAAUAAAUUUUGUUCUGCUU